AUGCCAUCCGUUGCAUCUUCCUCAAAUGAUGUUUCUAUUUCACAGGAAGCUUUUGAGUCUGUUACAACCAUUGCUAAUGUUUCAAUAAUCAAUGAUCCUUCACUUAACCAAUAUGAUACAUUAGAUAUAGGUGAUGAAUUAUUCUCCAAAUUGUUCCCUAAAGAAGAAAUAAAUUCAUCUACUCAAAUCGUCAAUAAUAAAUUUGUUUUAGUCAAGUUAUUAGGUGCUCCUGAUUAUUUUAACAAAUUUAGAAUUAUGAAACUUCAUGAAGUUCGUUAUCAAUUAAGAGAAUCCAUAGUGAUUACAAAUGAUUCAAAUUUAGUAAAAUUUAAUAAUGAUUCUUUGACUUUAAACAAAGCCGUCAUAAAAUCUAUUGAUUAUGAUGAUAUACCUAAAUUAUCACAAAUAUUUGUUUCUAUACCUCAUGAAAUCUAUCAAUUAUUACAUGAAAAAUCACCACAAGUUAUAAAACAGAAAUUUUUAACACAAUUAUUGGUUGAUAAUGGGAAUGUUGUAAAUGAAGGAGAUUCGUUGAGAUUAAUUAAUGGUACAGUCAAUUUAUGUGAACCUUUGACUCAAGGUAGAGUUGAAUACAAUACCAAUAUUGUGUUGAUUAAUCAAAAUGAAGAUAAACCUAGUGAACAAGAUAGCACCGAUAAUAACAAAAAUAUCGAUAUAGAAUACGAGCAAGAUUUAGUCUUUGAUCAAGAUGAAAGUCUCGAUUUGUCUGGUUACUUAUCAUCAAGUUUACAAUUUGACCAAUUUACAAAAUCAGACAAGCUCAAUAGAUUUAAAGUUGGUCCAUUACCACAAAAAUUCAAUAUCGAUGAUUUACCUCUGAAUUGGAAAAAAGAUGAUACAGAAUUGUUUGUAUUUAUUAAUAAUAUUGACUUUAUUAAAUUGGGAUUUCCAAUAUUCAAUGGUGAUUUAGUGAAAGUUAAAACAGGGACAGAAACAGUUGUUGUUAGAAUAUUCACAUUUACUGAACCUCAAAACAGUUUCAAAAUUGGCACGGUUUAUAUGUCUCCAAUUUUAUUGAUAAAUCUUAAAUUACAAAGUGAUUCCUAUAUUGAAUUUGAUCCGGUCACCCAAUUAGAUACAUUAUCUAACACAAUCCCUAUUGCAGAAUCAGUGACAAUUUCAAGAGUUAGUUCACAAAUCACCAUGGAUAAAACUUAUCAACAGAGUUUUUUCUCGAGUUUAAAGACAACUUUGAGUACUCGAUUAAAAUGUGUCAAGCAGGGUGAUUAUCUCCCCGUUGUAAUUGACACUGUUUUGGCGAAAACUAUGUUUGAUAAUUUGAUUGAAGAUGGUAAUGACAAUGAAGAAACUGCUGGGUCUGGUGAUGGCAUUGAUGCUAUUCCUAUUGGUAAUCCAGAUGCUGUUGCAUGGUUUAAGAUAACCGAGGUAAAGGGAGCAAAUAGUAUUGACACCAACCAAUUUCUCAUUGAUCCUUUGAAAACAAUGCUAGUAUCAUCUGGUGUUGAAAGCAUUAGAUUACCACAAAAUUCAUUUGUGAAAUGGUAUCAAUAUUUGAAUUUACCCCCAAUUUUUAAUUACCAAGAAGGAACAAAUUUCAAAUAUGCUCAAGAGUUUAAGAAAACUUUAUCUACUUGUCUUUCCUCCAAGAUUAAUUUGAAAACUUCGAUAUUGUUGACAUCAAUGAGUAGAGGUAUUGGUAAAACAACUCUUGUGAGAAACUCAUGUAUAGAAUUGGGUUUGAAUUUAAUUGAGUUGGAUUGUUUUGAUUUGUUGAACCCAGGUCAAGAAUUGAAAACUAUUGGGCUUUUAACAGGUAAAAUAGACAAGUUAAUUGCUAAUGUUCAAAGUACUUCUUCAUUCCAUGUCAUUUAUCUCAAACAUAUUGAAAACUUGUGUCCCAAAACUGAUGAAAAUGAUCAAAACUCAAGUAUUUUCACAUCAUUGUCUUUAAAAAUUAUUCAAGUAUUGCAUGAUUAUUUGAAAAAUUAUCCAAAUCUAGUGGUAGUUAUGAGUUGUAAUGAUUAUGAUAAACUUAAUGAUAAUUUGAAAUCAAUAAUAAAAUUCACCAUAGAAUUCACUGUUCCUAGUGAAAAUGAAAGAUUAGAAAUUUUUCAAUUCUUAAUUAACAAUGAGAAGAAUAAAAAUUUUACCAAAGAUAUUAAUUCUUAUCCUUUCAUAAUCAGAAAAGAUAUCAAUUAUAAAAAUCUUGCAUUGCAAUCUGCUGGGUUAACUCCACGAGACUUGAUAUCCAUCAUUAAAAAAUCGAAAAAAUUGGCCAUCAAACGAUUAAUCAAAUUAUCAAAAGAUUCCAAGAUUUCCAUUCAAAAUAUAGUUAACAUUGGUAAUGGCGGGGUGAUUAAUUGGGUACCUGAUGAUUUUAAUGCUGCUAUCAACGAAGCACGUAAUCAAUUCAGUGAUUCUAUUGGUGCACCACGUAUUCCUAAUGUCAAAUGGGAAGAUAUUGGUGGAUUGGAUCUUGUCAAAGAUGAAAUCUUGGAUACAAUUGAUAUGCCCUUGAAACAUCCAGAAUUAUUUAAUAAUGGAUUGAAGAAAAGAAGUGGGAUUUUAUUUUAUGGUCCACCAGGUACUGGUAAAACUUUGUUGGCAAAAGCAAUUGCUACCAACUUUUCCCUUAAUUUCUUUUCUGUCAAAGGUCCUGAAUUGUUGAACAUGUAUAUAGGGGAAUCAGAAGCCAAUGUUCGUCGUGUGUUCCAACGAGCUCGUGAUGCCAAACCAUGUGUUAUUUUUUUCGAUGAAUUGGAUUCAGUGGCACCGAAAAGAGGUAAUCAAGGUGAUUCUGGUGGAGUUAUGGAUAGAAUUGUAUCCCAAUUAUUGGCUGAAUUAGAUGGUAUGAGUAGUGAAGGUGGAGAUGGUGUAUUCGUUGUUGGUGCUACUAAUAGACCGGAUUUGUUAGAUGAGGCCUUAUUAAGACCUGGUAGAUUUGAUAAAAUGUUAUAUUUAGGUAUUUCAGAUACCGAUGAAAAACAAACAAAAAUAUUGGAAGCUUUGACUAGAAAAUUCAAAUUGGGAGAUAAUGUGAAUUUGCAACAAGUUGCUGCCAAAUGUUCAUUUACAUUUACUGGUGCUGAUUUCUAUGCCUUGUGUUCUGAUUCGAUGUUGAAUGCUAUGACUAGAGUUGCUAAUGAAGUUGAUGAAAAAAUAAAACAAUACAAUUUGCAAUUGAGCCAACAAGGAAAAGAAAAAGUAAAUACAAGAUGGUGGUUUGAUAAUGUUGCUACUGAAAAGGAUACGACUGUUUUGGUGCAAAUGGAAGAUUUUAUCAAGGCACAAAAUGAAUUGAUACCUUCUGUUUCUGCUGAAGAGUUGCAACAUUAUUUGAGAGUUAGAGAAAAUUUUGAAGGAGGUAAAGAAAAGGCAAAACAACAACAAGAGCAACAAAUCCAGAAUCACGAAGAUCAGCAAGAUACCCCUGAGAUCAUCCAUGAGGAGGAUUUAUUAAAUAAUGUUCUCAAGUUAAAUGGUAAUGGCCAUUAA